UCUGUGGAUCGGGAUUUACAAGCUUGGACGGUGCCUGGUUACAGUGGUGUAUGAGUCUACAGACCCCAAGGUGCACUACAGAGUUAGAAAGAAACCUUGGAUCUGUCACGCCGUGGAGGGCUAAAAUAAACCCUAUACAACCAGCAAACCCAACCCAACCCUUACUGCCUCCCUGCAACCAACUUUACACACACACACACAUACCAGUGAGAAUUCUCUCAUUUCCUCCUCCCUCCACACUCCUUCCUUCGGCACGACUGUAGGAUGAGGCAUUUCCCUCUAUCUGGCUCAGGGUGAAAGCAUAUCCUGGGGCAUCAACACACAUCUGGCAGGGACUGAAAGGUUUUAAUCCAGCCUCUGCUGCAGUCAACAAUGGCAAAUGAACCAGUGAUUCUGAAUGUUUAUGACAUGUACUGGAUAAAUGAAUACACCUCCACUUUGGGGAUUGGUGUCUUCCACUCUGGCAUCGAGAUCUACGGCAGAGAGUUUGCCUAUGGAGGGCAUCCCUACCCUUUCAGUGGGAUUUUCGAGAUCACACCUGGCAGUGCGGUAGAACUUGGCGAGACCUUUAAAUUCAAAGAAUCCAUUGCCUUGGGCACCACAGACUUCACAGAGGAGGAUGUGGAUAAGAUUAUGGAAGAGCUUGGCAAGGAGUACAAAGGAAAUGCAUACCACUUGAUGCACAAGAACUGUAAUCACUUUUCUGCUGCUCUGGCUGAGAUAUUAUGUGGGAGAGAGAUACCCCGCUGGGUGAACCGCCUGGCCUACUUCAGCUCAUGCAUCCCCUUCCUCCAGAGCUGCCUCCCCAAGGAAUGGCUGACCCCAGCAGCCCUGCAGAGCCACAUCAGUCUUGGCCUCCACAAGGAGGAGCAAGGGGACACAACGGAUGAGGAGUCACCCUCCACCUCUGCAGCCCCCUCAGCCUCAGGCACAUCACGAAGCUGUAGACAUACUCGUGUCUAAACUGUGCCCAACUUGCCCCCAAAUAACAUCCAUGCUCUCAUCCUAUUUAUUUCUCACACCCUUUUGCACACAUUGUUUUCUCUCUUCUUCAGUGGACAACACAGGGGAGGGAAGACUUUCUACUUCAGCCCCUUUUCCAAGGGCUGCCACUACAGUUGCUUGGCAAAAUGACUGUGAACCCCAACACAGAACUGAGGAGUGUGGCGACUAAACUGGAUGCUCCUCGCAGGGCCCCCAUGACCCUCAAUCCACAGAGAACUGCUAAAUCUCUCAGGCAUGAGAGCAUGCGUACGGGCAGAGUGCACAUACUGUGAUGUUCCUUCUCUGGAACUGUUUUAUCUUUUUAUCUCUUCUCCCCACCCAUGUAAGCCCAGCAGGCUCUUCUCCAUUUUGGCUGGGUUUCCCCUUUCCCUAUGACAAAUCUCCUGCCCAUACCCAGUGAAGGAACCAGAGCCAGAACUCAACCUUCUCAUCUCUUAGACCAGCAACAAACUCCAGUUAGCCCCACCCCUUUUGUGAUUAUCAGGUUUCUAACUCAUGUGAAGGAGAAAUGAAAGGUGCUCCUAUUCUACAACCACCAAUUUUCAGUACUCAAAUUUAAGAGCUCAAAUGACUGUCCUGUUCUUGAAAAUAAUAACAAAGAACCUAGAAAA